GCCCCCGCAGGGUGUUGUAGUCAACGAAACAUGAAUGCUACGGUGUUUAUGCAUGUGACAUGAAUGAAUGAACAGUGAAGGACGUAUCUACAAGAUUGUUGAAAUCAUGGCUUCAUUUCUCAGUGGAGGCCGUGAGAGAACAUCGUUGUUUGGGGACGGAAGAUUGAUCGAAGGAGCAAAAAUGGAUCCCGAACUUCUUCGCCAGAAAAAUGCUAUGAAGCAGCGAGCUAUCCAGUAUGCUGGUGCUGUGGGUGGGCAGACUGGAGGCAAAGACAAAGUCAAGUCGAAGCCUAAAUCAAAGUCCAAAGCACCGUCGAGUUUAGCUGCGAUGGUCAGCAAGCAAACUUCGUCGGUUCCCAUGUCGAUUAGUAGUUACGCUGCAGCCCAAGUUCCUCAGCAGUUUCGCACUAAGAACAAACUGGGAGUUUUGAAAAUGAUUGUGGAUAAGCUACGUGAACGGCACAUGGAGAGGAUCUCAGAGCCAUUGCCGUUUGACGAGAUCCUGAAAGCCAUCAACUAUUCAGAUAUGAGUCCGAAUAUGCGUGAUUUCUUGCAGCAGGCUGUGCGUGACAAUCCAAAAAUCGCAUGCAAAGAUGGCGGCAAGUUUACUUACAAGCCGCUGUACAGUUUGAAAAACUCCGCUAAACUCCUGGCCCUGCUCAAGCGCAAAGAGGAAGAAGGUUUGCCUGCAGUGUUGCUAGCUGACAUACGCGAAUCCAUGCCGCGCUGGGAGAAGGUCAUGAAGAACCUGAACGAGAAUGUGUUGACGUUCCAGAGGCCCGACAAGCAGGUGGUGGUCUUCCAUAACGAGGCGGAGUGCCGCUUGCCUAUCGGCACUGAGUACCAGCAGCUGUGGCGUGGCAUCAGCGUGGAGGGUCUCAGCGACCAUGACAUUGAGACGUACCUGCAGAACGCCGGCAUCAGCACAAUGAAAGGACAAACGCUCAAGCCACCCACACAGUCAGCCUCCAAGAAGAACAAGCGCGGCCAGAAGCGGCAGGUGAAAACGCUCAACGUGCAUCUCAGUGACGACAUGUUGAAGGACUACUCGGAAACCUCAGAAAAGUAGCUUACGUAUGUCUGUCCUGAGCCAUGCUUAGUGACGACACUACACCCGUUGGGCAAGUCCCUGAAAGCAGCAAUUUCAUUACUGCCGUACUGGCUCAGUGCCCGCGAAAACACUUGCCGGAGUGGCAUUUCACUAUGGGAAAAAAACAAAUAUUUGUUCAAGGUUUUGACGGUGACAACCUGCUCACUUUACAAUAUGGACGUCGUUUGGAGACCGAGUUUCUCUGACCCGCUUCUGUUUUCCUACGAAUCCCGUCUCCAAUGAUAUCCCAAGAUAACCUCUGCAGCGUGCUGGGAUUGGAAGGAGUGAUGUAACUAUGGGUUUCGUCAUGCUGUUGGAUGCUAUGCCUUGCUCAGUCUGCCUUUUCUUUUGUCAGGCAAUGGCAAUGGGUACACCCGCACACCCAUAUUCACACACACACACACACACUCUCUCUCUCUCUCUCUCUCUCUCUCUCUCUCUCUCUCUCUCUCUCUUUCUCUCUCUCUCUCUCUCUCUCUCUCUCUCUCUUUCUCCCUCUCUCUCUCUGUCUGUCUAUCUGUCUGCUGUGUGUAUCCAGCCAGACUGCUAGUAUGUGUUAGUAUCUCUGUCUCUCUCUGUCUCUCUCUGUCUCUCUCUGUCUCUCUUUCUCUCUCUCUCUCUCUCUCUCUCUCUCUCUCUCUCUCUCUCUCUCUCUCUCUCUCUCUCUCUCUCUCUCUCUCUCUCUCUCUCUCUCUCUCUCUCUCUGCUGUGUGUAUCCAGCCAGACUGCUAGUACGUGUUAAUACGUACAUGCCGUUGGGCAUGCUCUAUGCGCCCAGGUCUAUUAUUCCACUGGGUGGCAAGGGUGAUAGCGCCCUGCCAAUCCGGGGUGUAUUUAUUAGAAUGCCAAGGCAUUGCUGCUCCUGCUGGUGGUGAGCGUAACAUUGGCCUAUCGGCCCUCUCUUAGUACAUGAUAACAUCAUUACUAGUACAAUGUAGGUGUCUACUCGACUUUAUUUAUUUAGUUUUUUUUAUCAGUAGUGAUCAGAUCCUGGAGAUCGCAACCCAAUGUCAAUCACAUUAAUUUUGAGCAUACCUUGACCUAUAAUAUUUUUAAAAUCUUUAUAAAAAAGGCGUUCUAUCAUGCGGUAUCAUUUUGGGACUGUUUCGGUUUCUUCAUGUAUUUUUUGUAUGAUUCAUCUUAUACUGCCAUGUUUGACAAACGCUAGGCUUCAGACCUGCAAGAAUGAAGGGUUCUGCGCAGCGCAAUGAGUGUGUACUCAUUCAUGUUUGUGUGCUUUGUUUUCCAGUGUGGAAAGCCGUCACUAGUGGCGUCUGGCGCUAGCCAGGGUCCUCCAUGCCAUUUCA